AUGGAAGGAGCCAUCUCCAGCCGGCCAAACACGAGGGUGGCCGUCGUCACCGGCGGGAACAAGGGGAUCGGCUUCGAGGUGUGCCGGCAGCUAGCCAGCGAUGGAGAAGUCACGGUGGUACUGACGGCCCGGGACGAGACGAGGGGCACGGAGGCGGUCGAGAAGCUCAGAGCUCUGGGGCUGACUGACGACGACGUCGUCUUCCAUCAGCUGGACAUCACGGACGAGUCGAGCAUCGCCAGCCUAGGCGAUUUCCUCAAGACCCGUUUUGGGAAGCUGGACAUCCUGGUGAACAAUGCUGCAAUCGCUGGGUUGAGAAUCCAAAAAUGCUAUUACCCCCAAGAUGUGGAUACCAACGAGGAAAAGUUCGCUGGCAUGGAUACCAAGCAGAGGCUUGAAUGGAUGAUAAAGACUGUCCGGGAGCCCAUCGACGCUGCAAAGAAAGCCGUGGAGACGAACUACUACGGCACCAAGCAUGUCACCCAAGCUCUGCUCCCUCUGCUGCUGCAAUCUUCCUCUUCGUCACAGGGCAAAAUAGUGUGCGUCUCCUCCGACUAUGGACUGCUCAAGCUUAUCGGCGACGAGGAGGUGCGGCGGGACCUCGACGACAUCGACAACCUGACGGAGGAGAGGGUGGACGAGGUGCUCCACAAGUUCCUGAGCGACUUCGAGGCCGGCGCGCUGGAGGGGCGCGGGUGGCCCGCGGGGUUCUCGGCGUCCAAGGUGACCCUGGUCGCCACGAACGCGUUCGCGAGGAUCAUGGCGAGGAGGCACCCCACGCUGGCGCUGCGCGUCAACUGCGCCGAUCCGGGCUACGUCAAGACGGACAUGACCAUGGGCUCCGGCGUCCUCACGCCCGAGGAGGGAGCGUGCAGCGUGGUCGGGGUGGCGCUGCUGCCGGACGGCGGCCCGACCGGCAAGUACUUCACCAAGGGCCGGGAGGCGUCGUUCGUGUGAGCUAGGUACCGGCUGGCGGUGCGUGCACGGUCCGGUACGUCCGUCGUGAGAUCGAUAGCCAGUUCGUCCACCCACUCGC